AUGGCAACUAGAGUCAGGAUGAGCUCUUCAUCGUCGUCGCGCAAGUCGCGCAGAACAACUAGCAUCUCCAACGUCAUGUACACCAACGCCGUCUACUUCCCCAAUGAGAGGAUAUACCAAGGUGAUACGCCUGGUGCGAUGAAUUACGGAUGCAUCAACCACGUGUACUACGCAUUUGCGAACGUCUCGCCGGACGGUGGUGUUUUUCUGAGCGAUGAGUGGGCCGAUGCCCGCGCACCAGUCGAUGGCGUUCAAGGCGGCCUUGGUUCUCUCAUGCACCUUAAACAGAAACAUCCACACUUGCAGGUUGUCUUAUCAAUUGGCGGUGGUAGCUCAGCUGCCGUGUUUCCCUCAGUGGCUGCGAACACGCUGUACAGAGACAACUUCGCCCGGUCUGCGAGAGGCUUGGUGGAUGCAUCGGGUUUGGACGGCAUUGACAUCGUCUGGGAGUAUCCCUGUGAUGCACAGCAAGGUCACCACUUUCUGGCGCUCAUCGCCGCAGUUCGCCUUCAUAUGCCGGAAAGCCACUACCUACUCACCGCCGCUUUACCGGCAGGAAGGGCGAUUCUUCAGUACAUUGAUCUGCGACGAACAGCCGACUACCUCGAUUUUAUCAACUUGAUGACGUACGACUUCGCCGGCUCAUGGACGCAUAGGAGCGGCCACCACGCCCAACUUUACGCAAUGAGCAAAGACGAGACUUCGGGUGCAUCGGGCGUGCAGUAUCUCGUUUCUCAAGGAUUCCCCACACAGAAGAUUCUUCUCGGCAUCCCCCUAUACGGCCGUAGCUUUCUGCACGCGACCGGACCGGGACAAAAGUUUAAGGGAGUGGGCGGAGACAACGGCACGUUUGACUACAACCAACUCCCACGUCGUGGAACGAAGGAAGCUGUGGACAAGAAGCACAUUGCAGCUCAGUGCGUCGGAGCCGACGGUGGUUUUGUGACAUAUGACAACCCCGACACAGUGAAGAUGAAGGCGGCAUUUUGCAAACAGAAGAGCUUAGGGGUAGGUGUCUGGUUUAUGAAGUGGCAUAUGGUGCAGCUACUGACGUCUUUGAUAGGGACUCUUCUACUGGAGCGGUCCAUUAGAUGCCAAGGAGAGCUCUCGCAGUCUCAUCGCAACCGGAUUCAGAGCUUUGCAUAG